AUGACCUGGGGAUGGUGGUUCUGGUGGCUUGGACUGACGUGCCUCGCCAGUGGUGCUUUUUCGAACCGCCCUCCUCGCUUCUUGAUCGAUGGCCAGACUGAGAUCGUUCUGCGACUUAAAGAGGGUCCAGAUACGCCAGUCGGGAGUUUAAUUUAUCGAUUGCGAGGAAUGGACCCAGAUGGUGAUCCUUUGACAUUUGGUAUAAGGGAUUAUCCUGGUUCCGAUGUUAUAAGAAUAGAAAACCUUGGUACCAGUGAAGCUAAUAUUUAUCUCAAUAAGGAACUUGACAGAGAGGUCCGGGAUGAGUACAUGAUGGUGCUAACGCUUACCGAUGGCAGACUUGGUGAAGGGAAUUAUAUCACCCAGAGUCUCUUACUUCUAGUCGAAGAUGUUAAUGACAAUGAGCCUGUUUUUAAACCGUACCAGUCAUCAAUUACUGUUCCUGAGGAUAGUGGCCCUGGAAUAUUGGCAACACUGGAAGCCACGGAUGCUGAUGAGGGUCCUUAUGGUCAGGUGGUAUAUAAUUUACAAGAACAAGACAACGAAGACCAUGUAUUUAGCAUAUCAACCAUUAAUGGAAAAGGCGUAUUACGGCUUGUAGGGAAAUUAGAUUAUGAAAGAAAGUUCUUGUAUCAGUUAAGGGUAUUAGCUGUCGAUAGAUCGAACAACGAUAGGAUAAAUACUGGUACGGCUGCUCUAGUAGUUAAGGUUCAAGACGUCGAAGACCAGCCGCCUGAAUUUGUAGUGGUUUCACCUGUCACUAGGAUAGCUGAGGAUGCACCAGUUGGUAGUUCGGUUCUUCAAGUAAGAGCCAUUGAUGGAGACAGAGGUAUAAAUAAUCAAAUAUCUUAUUCAAUUGUCAGUGGUGCUCAGGGAAUUUUUGAUAUUGAUCCAGCAACAGGAAAAGUUUAUACCUUAAAAGCCAUAGACAGGGAAGCCAUAAUUAAUAAUAAUAAUGGUGCUUACAUUUUAGAGAUCCAGGCUAAAGAAGAAUCGGGAAUCGUUUUUCCACCACCAACGGCAAGGACUGAAGUAACCAUUAUCAUCACAGACAUCAAUGACGAAACCCCUCGCUUCCGCAGCGACCGUUACAUUUGUCAAGUCAAUGAAAAUGCCCAAUCAAACACACCUGUAACUUUCCUUCCCCCCGCUAUUCCUCAAGUGUAUGAUUACGAUCAGGGAAAAAAUGGAACUUUUGAAAUGUUCAUUAGUGGAGAUGGUGAUGUUUUCGAAGUUACCCCUCAUCAAGGAAUCAACGAUGCAUCAUUUCUUAUUCGAGUCAAAGACCCAACAAAGCUCGACUUUGAAAAAAUAAAUGUUAUAAACUUUACUCUAACUGCAAGAGAAACUGUAAAUAGAAGUCCGAAGUUCAGUUCUGUUCCUGUAACUGUAUAUAUCAGAGAUAUGAAUGAUAACUUUCCUGAAUUCAGCAAACCCAUUUACGAGGCCUCAGUUCCUGAAAAUUCUGGUUCAGGUACAACUGUAGCCAUCGUUUACGCGAGAGAUAUGGAUUCUGGUAAAUUUGGAUCUGAAGGAAUUAGAUAUACUAAUAUCGGAGGAAGUGUGGCCGAACUUUUAUCACUGGACCCAACAACAGGAGCUAUAACAAUCAAAUCAGACCAACCAACAUUCGAUAGAGAAUUAAUAUCAAAACAUUACCUGGUAGUCGAAGCCCGUGAUGAUUUAGGCCUUGGAAACAGAAACACUGUUCAGUUGGUGAUAAAUGUUGAAGAUGUAAAUGACAAUGAACCUCAGUUCUUGCAAAACAAAUAUGAAGCGAGGCUGCUAGAAAAUGAACCAAAUUUCGAAUCGCCACUUUUUGUUGAAGCCAGGGAUGCAGACCUUAAUGGCACAAAGAACAGCGAAAUAAGAUAUUCCAUCAUCGGUUGGUCAGAGAUGCGUCAUAAUUUCACAAUAGACCCAAAAAGUGGAGAACUCAAACCUGUUAAACCCCUCGACUUUGAGGCAAUACCAAAAGAUUCGCGACGUCAGCAUUCUUCUUCUUUUCCUAUCACGAUCCAGGUAAAAGCUGAGGACGGCGGCAGACCUGCUUUGUCUUCAACAACUGAAGUUACCAUUUAUUUUCAAGAUGUCAAUGAUAACGUGCCUAUAUUUGAAUCAACCGAAUAUAUGACAACAAUACCAGAAGAUACACCAGGAGGAACAUCAAUUCUAAAGGUACAAGCUUAUGAUAACGAUGGCAGUUCACCUUACGAUACUAUAGUCUAUCGAAUCAAUGAAGGAGCAAAAGAUAAGUUUGUCAUCGAGCCAAACACAGGUGUAGUGACGACUUCGCUCGGAGCAUCGUUGGAUCCAGACCUCAGCCAACCGAGAGGAGAUCUCUACAGGCUGGAAGUUGUGGCCAUCGAUGGAGGUCUUGGUGUCGCACAGCAGACAUCAUCUGUGAGCGUUACUGUCAGGGUCAGAGAUGUCAACAACAAGGCUCCCAUUCUGGCUGAGCCCGGAACAAUUCAUAUCAAAGAGAAUACUCAAGUUGGACAUAUCGUAACAAAAUUAGUUGCAAAUGAUCUCGAUUCCGAUGCAAAAUUAAGGUAUAGUUUGGACCCAACUGGCCUCGAAGGUAGGACUGAAGAAGGGCGACUGGUAAGGUCAUCAGAAGUCGAACUUUCAUCAGCGUUUGAUCUGGAUGCGAACGAUGGAACUCUACGAUUGGCUAAGGUACUUGACCGAGAAAAAGUGGAAACAAUCAGAGUUCAUGUCCAAGUUCAAGAUAUGGCUGCACAAUCCGGGCUACAAAUAGCCUCUGGCAUUUUAACUGUGAUCAUCGAAGAUGAAAAUGAUAACAAUCCUCUCUUCAGGAAACCAUUUUACCGUUGUUCCGUAACCGAAAAUAGCCAGACUGGUGUUAAUAUUGCAAACAUAAUUGCUGAUGAUGCAGAUAAAAACAAAACAAUAAACUAUUCACUUCAAGGAGCAAAGAAAUAUGGAGAUUUGAUCAAAUUGGAUUCAGCUACUGGAGAGUUAGUCGUCGGAAGUCGUAUCGAUAGAGAACAAGUUUCUUGGAUAAAUUUUACUGUCAAAGCCACUGACUCUGGCUUACCGAUGAGAUCGUCAUUUGCUGAAGUAUUUAUUCAAGUCAUCGAUGAGAAUGAUAAUAAUCCUGUAUUUUUAAGUGAUAUUAAUAACAUUUCUAUUUGGGAAAAUUCUACAAUAGGAACCGAAGUUACACAGAUAAUAGCAUCGGAUGCUGAUGAAGGAGAUUAUGGAAAGGUUACUUAUUUGUUAGAUAGAAGAUCUUCACAGGGAAAGUUUUCGAUCCACCCAGAAACUGGAAUUCUAAAUGUAACAGAUUCGUUAGAUAGAGAAGAAACUAGUUCCUAUAUGUUGAUCAUUCAAGCUUGGGAUAACUACCAGUUUGGUUAUAUCAGUGGAGAAAGCAGAAAUGCCUUCAAACAAAUAACAAUAACUAUUUUGGACGUAAAUGAUGAAGCGCCAAAGUUCUCCACUCUUCCAGAAACCUGUGUUGCUGUUACUGAAUUCCAUGAGCCUAAGGAUACCAUUACCUUGUUGAAAGUUACCGAUGCUGACGAUCCUAAUACUCCUAAUGGACAAGUUGCAUUUGCUAUUUUAGCUGGAAAUGAGAAAAAACUCUUCGAGCUGGAAGCAGUCGAUGCCUGGUCUGCAAGAGUAUUGAGCGUCGGUUCCCUCAAGGGAAGGUAUGGAAACUAUUCACUUACUGUUGAAGCUUCUGAUUUGGGAAAACCAGCAAAGUCGGCGAUUGCAAAUCUGGAUAUAUGUAUCACUGAUUUUAACGACAAUGCUCCAUUAUUUGUCAGCCCACCUCACAAUACCACCAUAAGAGUACCUGAGAAUGCAACUGUCGGGAGCGAAGUCAUAACAGUCUUGGCAGAAGACGGUGACAUUGGCCAAAAUGCAGCUGUAAGCUACAGGCUUAGACAAGAUUUGUCGGGAGACUGGAAAACAUUUUCAAUCGAGCCUACGACUGGUCUUAUCACUCUAAAGAAACCACUUGAUCGAGAGACACAAAAAAUUUAUCAGUUACGGGUGGAAGCAUAUGACCAUGGUGUUCCUACUCCUCUUUCUUCGGAUUUAGAUCUCACCAUUUAUGUCAGAAACAUCAAUGAUUACCAACCGCAGUUUCUGGUUGAUGAAUUUUCUGUCAAUUUCACUGAACAUGCUGCUCCGGGCCGAGAAAGAAGACAGAUUGUAGAAACGGUGGACCAGGACGACAUUGAUAUCGAUGAAGAUGAACCAACCAGUCCGGUUUGUUAUUAUAUCGUAGGGGGCAACGAGGGUUCCUGGUUCAACAUCGAACCUCUCACUCAUCAAAUAACGACAAUGAGAGAACUGGAUAGGGAAGUCACCGACAAGUACGAGCUUAUCGUCAAAGCAAGCGAAGAUUGUACAAAGAUACCGCCACAAGUUACAGACUUUGAUCCCUCUGAUGACACUCUUUUACAUCUUUUCAUCAAUGUUUCUGACGUCAAUGACAAUGCUCCUGUCUUCACAAAGAGGGUUUUUACAGGAGGUAUCACAACUGAAGCGGAUUUCGGGACAGAAUUUAUGCAAGUAAAGGCCACAGAUCCAGAUUUGGGUAGGAAUGGUAAGAUGAGUUACUACAUGACAAGUGAAGUAAAGAUGACGCUAAGUGAAGGUAUGGACAAUAUACAAACUCCACCUUUCAUUGUCGACAAGGAUACCGGAAGUGUUUUUGUCAACUUCGACCCACAGAAAGGAAUGAAGGGAUAUUUUGAUUUCACGGUUAUGGUAAAUGAUACAGGAGGUCUUUCAGAUACUGCGCAUGUUUUCAUUUACCUUCUACGAGAAGACCAAAGAGUGAAAUUUGUUCUAAGGCAACAUCCGCAAGAGCUGAGAGCAAAUAUUGAUAAAUUCAGAGAUGUUUUAGGAAAUGUUACUGGAGCAAUAGUGAACGUUGACCUGUUUAAAGUACACGAGGCUCGUGACGGAAAAGUGGACAAGACACGAACGGACUUGUACCUCCACUUCGUCAAUCCAAAAGACCAUUCGAUCCUCGAAGUACCGCAUGUACUGAAGUUAAUAGACCAGAACAUUGAACAUCUUGAUUCGCUGUUCAAGGAGUUCAACGUUCUGGACACCGAAGGUGCCGAAGCCCUCGGCCUAGCACGUAUCAUAGAACCAGAUUCGGUCCUGUUGCUAUGGCUACUUGGAGCCGCGCUGUUCCUCCUGUUGUUGCUUCUUGUUGUGAUCUCGCUUUGCCUUUCGCAGAGAGCUUCUUAUCAACGACAGCUCAAAGCUGCUACCGUCACUGCUUUCGGAUCGACAGAGUCAGACCUCACCCGGGCCCCGGCCAGGGUUCCCAAUACAAACAUGCACAGCGUAGAAGGAUCGAAUCCCAUUUGGAUGCAGGCUUACGAAAACGAGUGGUACAAAGAUGACACGAUGAGUCAAACCUCUGAAAGGGAUUCGUUAGACGAGAAUGCUGUCGUUAGUGUAAACACUCAGGAAGACACCACUGGAAAUUCUUCUUGUAACAGUCAAUCUAACAUGCUACGUAGCGAAUGCCCGGCAAAUGUAAAGGAACAGAAUGACCUCAAUCGCCACGGAAACACUUACCAUCGAAACCUCUACCAGCACAUGGACAAGAUAGGCAAUCCUCUCAUCUCCAAGAAACUGGAAACUACCGAGCUUUAGGAUCAGCUGCGAGACAUCGAAUAUCGUAAAUUAUUAACUAGUAAGGUUAGAUUUAGCCAAGGUGUAGUAGAUUCGUAUUAGAUAUUUUGUUCUAUUAUUACGGCUAUUAGGCUAAUCAAAGUUAACAAAAAAGGUGCUGCAUAGAAAGGCUGAUUUGAAAUAAGUCAGAUAAUUUUACCAUAUUAAACUAAAAUUGGUAAUAUAACUAAAUUUACUGUGAUUCGGCAAAUUGUCACAUCAAUUUUCCAGAGUAGAAAAAUUUUAACACUAGGUUAACAGAACAAAUUCCAAAGUUGAAAUUUAUAAUGUUUUAAAAAUUAUCCUGAAUUUUAUUGAACUAUAUGAAUCUGUUUU